AGGGAGCAAUACCAAAAGCCCGCGCAUCAGUCGUUCUCUAGUCAUUUCAGAGGUCGGAAUAAACGGAGGAAAAGAGGACAAAAAUAUCAUUGAAAAUGAAGAGCACGUUUUUGAUCGUUCUAACAGUAAUCCUCGUUUACACCGAGGCUAAAGCAGUACCAUCUGACAAUGCCGAAACUCAGCAAACGUCUAAUCAACCUUUGCAAUUGUCGGAAUUAAUUACUCAAGCACAAGCGAGUAUCAAUAGUUUGACAGCUGAGUUUCAAGACAAAAUGAAUCUUCCCGAUACACAAACCGUCGUCAACAGCGUUAAGGAGCAGAGCACGAAUUUCGCCAAUAAAUUACAGGAAUUGAUAAAAAAUGUGACAGAACAGGUUAAAGAGAAGAGUCCAGAAUUAGAAAGUUUAUGGACCGACGUGAAGGGCAGACUAAAUAAGGUAGUCGACGACAUCAAUGCUCAAAUUCCAGAUGCGCGUGAACAAGUGAAUCAAUUGCAAGCCAAGUUGCAGGAGGGAUUGCAAACCGUCGUACAAGAAUCCGACAAAACAGUCAAAGCUGUUAGUCAAAAUUCGCAGAAAGUACAAGAAGAGAUUGGCAAAUUAACGAAGCAAGCUGUCGAACUUGCGGUCGAAACCACGCAAAAUCUAAACAAUCAAUUGAAACAAGCAGCAAAAACCAAUUAAACAAAUAAAAUAAUCAUUUUAAAUUCCUCUUUAUUUAACUAAUUAAAAUUAACUCGAUUAACUACAAUUACGGUAUCGCAGUCUCAAUAAAAGUGAAAACAAAAAAUGCUGACGCGAGUUAUGACGAAAGACCAUUUCUGUAUUUGAAAAAAAAGGAAAAAUAAAUCAAGAAAAAUAUGUUUUUCUAUAUAAAACGUA